AUGACAACUUCUGGUCACAGUAAGGCACCACCGACAAGUACAGAGCCACUAACCACGAUACCAACACUAUCAGGAACUACGACGGAUAUAUCAACAACAUCCGGGACCCCAACACCUACUACAGAAUCUCCCUGCGAUGGCUGCUGGAGUGAGUGGAUAGACACGUGGAAGCCCAGUCCUACAAAUGGUGGUGAUUUUGAGAUUUUGGAAAAAAUCACGAUAGAUUAUCCAGUCUGCAGAAUGCCCUAUGAAAUUGAAUGUAGAGAAAAAAACUUCAAAACUCCAUACCAAAGUACUGGUCAACGCGUAACCUGCAAGACUAAUGAAGGAUUGAUGUGUCUGAAUAGUGAUAAUUUUGGAGUUUGCUACAACUAUGAAAUUAGAUUGUGUUGUCCUUGUAAUUUGACCACAAUUCCACCAACGACGUCAACAGUGCAGCCAACAACUACACUAACGGUUACCACAACUGAAGAACCAACUACUACGCUCACGUCAACAGUGCAGCCAACAACUACAUUAACGGUUACCACAACUGAAGAACCAACUACUACGCUCAUGUCAACAGUGCAGCCAACAACUACACCAACAUUUACCACAACCGAAGAACCAACUACUACGCUGACGUCAACAGUGCAACCAACCACUACACCAACAAUAAUCACAUCUAAAGAACCAACUACUACGCUCACGUCAACAGUCCAGCCAACAACUACACCAACAAUUACCACAACCGAAGAACCAACUACUACGCUGACGUCAACAGUGCAGCCAACAACUACACCAACAGUUGCCACAACGGAAAUAAAAACUACUACACUUACAACGACAGAAGGGCCACGUGAACCAUUUAAAUGCGAAUUUGACUGCGACUUUUUUAAUUCCUUUGAUGGAAAUAGUUUUUACUUUAAAGUUUGUGAUGACAUCAUUACAAAAACAGUUGGAGAUGUAGAUCCAUUUGAAGUGAUAGUUCGUCGACCGCUGGGUGAUAGAAAUUCCUGUUGCCUCUGUGACUUUGAACUGGAAGUGAAUAUGGAUCGGUAUUCAAUAGUCGUCUAUACUGUCGAUAGUCACGUUUUAAGUGUGAAUUCUAUACCUGUCAGUCUCGGUCAGCUUCAAGCAUUUAGUCAGACUAUAAAAGCGGAAUCCGGAAUGACUAUAAAAAAGACUGGAAAGACUGUUGUGAUCGAGUCUGAUAUUGGUAUCACUAUAAAGUGGAAAGAUAACAGACUACUGCAUAUAUACGUAGCUAGAGAACUUGAGGGUGCACUAAAUGGACUGUGUAGUAUACCUAACGACGAUCCAGAAGAUGAUGUUCCACCCAGCACUUUUCAGCCAGCUUGCAAUUGCAGCGAUUCUGAAUGUCGUAACUGUUCUACAAUUUACCCUAACUUACCAAAUAUAUGCGACCGUCUAUGGGAUCUUGAAUUUUCUCAUUGUGAACAGUUUGUGGAUAUCAGCAAAUAUGUAGACAUGUGUAAAGAAAAUAUUUGCGAUUGUGUUGAGAAAGCAUACAUGAAAAAUGAAGAUCUGGUUUUCGAUGACGUAAACAAUACAUGUGGUUGUGAAAUAUUUGAAAACUUCAUAUACGAAUGUAACAAUCACCCAGAAAAUCCUACUUGUUUUGAAUGGCGAACUCCGGAACGUUGUCCUGGCAAUGUAUGUCCCAUUGGCCAAAUAUGGAAGGAAUGCGGCAGUACCUGUGAGUGGACAUGUGAUGUGUUUGGAAAUGAAGUGGAGGAUUGCAAAACAGGUACUUCACCUGGAUGCUACUGCCCGCCAGGCAAAGUGAAGCUUGGAGACGAAUGUGUAGAUAGAGAAGAAUGCAAAGAUUGUACCUGUGUUGGUUAUGGGGAUCCACAUUACUAUACAUUUGACAUGUUCUACUACCCCUUCCAAGGAGAGUGCACCUAUGUACUGUCACGUGACUCAUCGUCAAAUAGGGACUAUGAAAUAUACGCGUCAAAUGAGAUUUGCAUAAACGCACCAACUACUACCUGUACAUACGAGAUGACAGUGUUCUAUAAUAAUCACAGUGUUGCUGUAACUCGUGAGAGAAAGAUCUCUGUAGAUGGGGAUGAUUGGAUAAUAGUGCCGCCUAAAUAUACAGGAUAUGGAUUCGUAGUAGAACCAAAAGGUGUCUUCCAAAUCUAUGUGAGCAUUCCAGCUAUCAACCUUGAGUUAAUGUACGACUAUAUCAGUGAUUCCUUUAUACUGACUGUGCCUUCGAGUCGAUACUUCAACCAGACAGAGGGAUUGUGUGGAAUCUGUAAUAAAGAUCCAUCGGAUGAUUUGACAAUGCCGAAUGGCACAAUUACCAACAACACCGACGAGUUUGGAUUUAGCUGGCUUGUUGAUCGGAACUGCAAUAAUUCUACUAACGAAACUUGUACAGUUGGUGAUGAGCAACCGGAAAUUUGUGAUGUACUAUAUCGGCCGCCAUUUUUAAAUUGUAGCAUUUUUGUAGAAACUGGUCCAUUUUAUAACGCAUGUGUUUUUGACACCGUGUGUGGAGAGGGGCCAUGUGAUACACUGGACACUUAUGCUAGACUGUGCAACGAAAAAGGAGGGUUAUGCAUCGAAUGGCGAGAAGAAGUGGAUAUAUGCCCAUAUCCCGAAUGCGAUGAAUUAAUGGAAUACAAGGCGUGUCAUGAAGGUUGUCAGGUGUUGGGAUGCGAUGAAUGGCUAGAACGAGGUGGUGAGCAAUUUACGUGUAAAAAGGUAGAGCUAGAUGGUUGCUAUUGUCCAGAUGGACUCAUCAUGAACAGCACAGGACACUGUAUCAGCCCGGAAAUUUGCUUGCAGCCAACAACUACACCAACAGUGACAACAUCUGAAGGACCAACUACUACGCUCACGUCAACAGUGCAACCAACCACUACACCAACAAUAAUCACAUCUAAAGAACCAACUACUACGCUCACGUCAACAGUGCAGCCAACAACUACAUUAACGGUUACCACAACUGAAGAACCAACUACUACGCUCAUGUCAACAGUGCAGCCAACAACUACACCAACAAUUACCACAACUGAAGGACCAACUACUACACUGAUGUCAACAGUGCAGCCAACAACUACACUAACAAUAAUCACAUCUAAAGAACCAACUACUACGCUCACGUCAACAGUCCAGCCAACAACUACACCAACAAUUACCACAACCGAAGAACCAACUACUACGCUGACGUCAACAGUGCAGCCAACAACUACACCAACAGUUGCCACAACGGAAAUUAAAACUACUACACUUACAACGACAGAAGGGCCACGUGAACCAUUUACAUGCGAAUUUGACUGCGACUUUUUUAAUUCCUUUGAUGGAAAUAGUUUUUACUUUAAAGUUUGUGAUGACAUCAUUACAAAAACAGUUGGAGAUGUAGAUCCAUUUGAAGUGAUAGUUCGUCGACUGCUGGGUGAUAGAGAUUCCUGUUGCCUUUGUGACUUUGAACUGGAAGUGAAUAUGGAUCGGUAUUCAAUAGUCGUCUAUACUGUCGAUAGUCACGUUUUAAGUGUAAAUUCUACACCUGUCAGUCUCGGUCAGCUUCAAGCAUUUAGUCAGACUUUAAAAGCGGAAUCCGGAAUGACUAUAAAAAUGACUGGCAAGACUGUUGUGAUGGAGUCUGAUAUUGGUAUCACUAUAAAGUGGAAAGAUAACAGACUACUGCAUAUAAACGUAGCUAGAGAACUUGAGGGUGCACUAAAUGGACUGUGUGGUAUACCUAACGACGAUCCAGAAGAUGAUGUUCCACCCAGCAUUUUUCAGCCAGCUUGCAAUUGCAGCAAUUCUGAAUGUAGUAACUGUUCUACAAUUUACCCUAACUUACCAAAUAUAUGCGACAGUCUAUGGGAGCCUGUAUUUUCUCGUUGUGAACAGUUUGUGAAUAUCAGCAAAUAUGUAGACAUGUGUGAAGAACAUAUUUGCGAUUGUGUUGAGAAAGCAUACAUGAAAGAUGAAGAUCUGGUUUUCGAUGACAUAACAAAUACAUGUGCUUGUGAAAUAUUUGAAAACUUCAUGUACGAAUGUAACAAUCACCCAGAAAAUCCUACUUGUUUUGAAUGGCGAACUCCGGAACUUUGUUCUGGCAAUGUAUGUCCCAUUGACCAAAUAUGGAAGGAAUGCGGCAGUACCUGUGAGUGGACAUGUGAUGAGAGGGGAAAUCAAGUGGAGGAUUGCAAUACAGGUAGUUCACCUGGAUGCUACUGUCCGUCAGACAAAGUGAAGCUUGGAGACGAAUGUGUAGAUAGAGAAGAAUGCAAAGAUUGUACCUGUGUUGGUUAUGGGGAUCCACAUUACUAUACAUUUGACAUGUUCUACUAUCCCUUCCAAGGAGAGUGCACAUAUGUACUGUCACGUGACUCAUCAUCAAAUAGGGACUAUGAAAUAUACGCAUCAAAUGAGAUUUGCAUAAACGCACCAAAUACUACCUGUACAUACGAGAUGACAGUGUUCUAUAAUAAUCACAGUGUUGCUGUAACUCGUGAGAGAAAGAUCUCUGUAGAUGGGGAUAAUUGGAUAAUAGUGCCUCCUAAAUAUACAGGAUAUGGAUUCGUAGUAGAACCAAAAGGUGUCUUCCAAAUCUAUGUGAGCAUUCCAGCUAUCAACCUUGAGUUAAUGUACGACUAUAUCAGUGAUUCCUUUAUACUGACUGUGCCUUCGAGUCGAUACUUCAACCAGACAGAGGGAUUGUGUGGAAUCUGUAAUAAAGAUUCAUCGGAUGAUUUGACAAUGCCGAAUGGCACAUUGACCAACAACACCGACGAGUUUGGAUUUAGCUGGCUUGUUGAUCGGAACUGCACUAAUCCUACUAGCAAAACUUGUACAGUUGGUGAUGAGCAACCGGAAAUUUGUGAUGUACUAUAUCGGCCGCCAUUUUCAAAUUGUAGCAUUUUUGUAGAAACUAGUCCAUUCUAUAACGCAUGUGUUUUUGACACCGUGUGUGGAGGAGGGCCAUGUGAUACACUGGAUACCUAUGCUAGACUGUGCAACGAACAAGGAGGGUUAUGCAUCGAAUGGCGAGAAGAAGUGGAUAUAUGUCCAUAUCCCGAAUGUGAUGAAUUAAUGGAAUACAAGGCGUGUCAUGAAGGUUGUCAGGUGUUGGGAUGCGAUGAAUGGCUAGAACGAGGUGGUGAGCAAGUCACGUGCACAAAAUUAGAGCUAGAUGGUUGCUAUUGUCCAGAUGGACUCAUCAUGAACAGCACAGGACACUGUAUCAGCCCGGAAAUUUGCUCAUUUUGUGAAUAUGAUGGCAAAAAGUACGAGACGGAUGAUAGUUGGCGGAUCAACGAAUGUGAAACAGGAAGAUGCGUUAACAGAACUGUUGUUAUAAGUACCACAGUAUGCCCAACGCCACCUUCAUGUCAAUCAGACGAGCGGCUGGUAUCUACGGUUGUCGACGGAGAUUGCUGUUUGGAAUAUGAAUGUGUCUGUAACUGUGCAGCUACUAUAACACCAACGUGUCCAUUUGGUUAUGAAGAAUCAAUCACCCUCUCUGAAACACAUUGUGGAUGCCCACUUGCCACUUGUGUUCCAAGAGAAGUCUGCUUGUACAAUUCAACCAUUAUAUUUGAGCCAGGUGAAGCCAUUGAAGUUGACUAUUGUACAACGUGUACAUGCUUAGAGGAUUCGCCUGUCCCAGGGAACUUCUAUAGAUACGAUUGCAAUACACUGGGCUGUUCUAACUGUUCUGAGGGUUAUGUUUCCGUGCCUAAGGAAGGAGUUUGCUGCGGCGAGUGCAAACAAAAAUACUGUAUCGAUCCUGAAGGCAAUUACAAAAGUACUGGUGACACAUGGUCACCAACGCCAUGUGACACUUGUACAUGUGUUGAAAAUGGUGACGAGGUGAAGGAGAGUUGUGUCACUACAGCAUGUCCGCCUUUCAAUGAAUCUGCCUGUAUUGAACCAGGGUCGGUUAUCAAACUGGAUCCCUCCGGAUGCUGUCACAUUUGUGGUGAGUUUUUGCAUGGUAUUACAACGAUACUUCUGUGCAGCUACAUGUCUAAUGAGUAGUAACUGGGGCUCUAA